GGUGUGCAGUGAACCAUGAGAGGUCCCUUGUGCAACAGGACCUCCCCCAGCACCAUCCUCUGCUCAGAAGCACACUAUAAAUGUGAGGAUCCCCAGCCUUGCCACUCAGCAGAGUCCAGCUCAGGCUCUCUCCAACCCUCCUCUCUCCAGCCUCGCUGAGAUCCUGCAUCAACUCCAGCCAUGAAGUUCCUCUGCCUUGUCUUCGCUGUCUUCCUGCUGGUCUCCCUGGCUGUCCCAGGCUAUGGGCAGAUCAGGAAGUACUGCCCCAAGGUGGGCUACUGCUCCAGCAAGUGCUCCAAGGUGGACGUGUGGUCCUUCUCCUCUGACUGCAAGUACUACUGCUGCCUCCCACCCGGCUGGAAGGCGAAAUAGGAGCUGCAAAGGAAGCCCCUGGGGAAGAGGAGGCACGGCGGUGGCUUUGGGAGCAGCUUCUCACCUGUCCAACACAA